AUGUAUUCUAAGGUGUUGUGCAUCGCCGCUCUAGUGGCAGUCGUGUCAGCUCAAUAUGGGCAUGGUGGACAUGGUCACGGGUUCUCUUCCCAGCACAUUUCCAAGCACGACGGUCCCGCUGAAGUCGUCCAUGUCCACGGCCACGAUGGCCAUGGUCAUGACCACGGACAUGCCAUUGACUAUUAUACCUAUCCCAAGUACGAGUUCGAAUACAAAGUGUCAGAUCCUCAUACCGGUGACCACAAGAGCCAGCAUGAGAUCCGUGAUGGUGACCACGUGAAGGGCUACUACUCCCUGCACGAGCCUGAUGGUUCUGAGAGGGUUGUCCACUACCAUGGUGAUAAGCACAGCGGGUAA